ACUGCCGGCUGGAGGCACACAGAGGCUGUCCAUCUCAUGAGUUAAUCGCCUCCUGUUCAGAUGUCAGGAGGAGAUAAAGUUGCUAUAAAUAGAUUGUGAAGCCCUCAUGGUUUCAGCUGUGAUUCACACACAUGACAGAGAAGCAUUAGGAAGAAUUAACAUUCAAUCUCUCAGGCACUUUUCUGAGCACAAAUGCCAUUCUGUCCCUGCCACUUAAUCUUCAGAGGAGGUCAGCAGCACUUUCUGGAGGUACUGAAUGGGUGAAAAGGACAGGGAAACCUGGAGCAGGACUCUCUGGGAGCUAAAAAUGGGAACUUCAGCUGGAAUGACUGAGCAGUCCCUGACCAUGGCACACAGCUGCAUUUAGGAGCAUGGCAAGGUGCUCUGCUCCCCCGCUUACUGGGCCUGAGAUCAGAUGGUGUAGUUUUGUUAUGGUAUGCACAUGCCGGGAUGCCUGACAACAACCUCUGGGACUGAGACAGCUUCUGACAAGGGUAUGUGCAGAGGACUGGGGUUCUUUCUGGCUCUCCCUAACUGGUGCUGAGCAGGUAUCCAGCAGCCGAAGCCUCCUCAAGCUCACUGUCAUGAAGGUCAAGUGGAUUCACGUGUUGGUCAUCUUCUUCUUCCUGUUGUCUGUUGCAAUGACAGGCUGCUUUCUGUGGCAGUACAGCCUCUCCAAGGUGGAUCCCAGCCCAUCUGUGAUGGAAGUGAGACCAGAAUCUGUGCAGAUGUGUCCCCGCUAUCCUGAACCAGUACCUCUGGAUCACCCAAUCCCCAUUCUGAAGGAUGCAUUGGAGAAGGUAGAUGUGGUGCUGCGCCAAAAGAUUCAUGGCUCUGGUCUCCCUGCAAUGUCUGCCAUUGUUAUCUACAAUGACACUGUGCUCUGGACAGGCAACUUUGGAAAAAAGAAUGGUUCGGACCCCUCCUCAGUGGUGCCCAAUGAGUACACUAUUUACAGAAUUGCCAGUGUCUCCAAGAUAUUUCCCACUAUUAUGUUGUACAAGAUGUGGGAGGAAGGAAAAGUCACAUCUCUUGAUGACCCACUAGAACGUUAUGUCCAGAACUUUGUUAUUAAGAAUCCUCUGGGAAGGCUUAAGGAAUCAGAACAAAGGUACACAGCAGAUGGGCUGAUGUUUUUGGAAAAAGGCUCAAUGCCACUUAAGCCAUCUCCUGUUACAUUGCGCAGAAUGGCCAGCCAGCUUUCAGGCCUGCCCAGAAGGCUGCGAUCUACCAGCCUGCUGUGGAAGGGCAACACGCAAGAGGCUUUAGAUCUCUUGAAAGAUGACGUCUUGGUUGCUGAUCCAGGAACCAGAUGUCAUUACAGCAACUUGGCCUUCUCACUGAUGGCACAUGUUCUAGCUGACCAUGCAGCUGAGGGACAAUACCAGCGCUGGAUCUCAGAGAACAUCCUGGAUCGCUUGGGUAUGGAGGACACUGGCUUCGACAUCACACCACCGAUCCGCUCCCAGAUGGCUGUGGGUUUCUACAGCAGUCGGCAGCUGGCUCCUCUCUAUGACCUUGGCUGGUACAGGCCUUCUGGCCAGAUGUACUCCACAGCUGCUGACCUUGCCAAGCUGGCAAUGGUCUUCUUAGGCACCUACCACCGUCACCUCUUAGAGCCUGACACAGUGAAGACGAUGCUGACCCCUCUGUUUAAGUGCUCCACUGAAUACUUUGCUAACAAGACUGGCACACCCUGGGAGAUUAAUGAGCAAAUGGGAUAUGAUGUCAUUAGGAAGGAUGGAGAUCUUGAUGGUUAUUCAGCUACCUUCUCUCUUAUCCCCAAGCUCCGCCUGAGCUUCAUUGUGCUGAUGGCAGGGCCCAGGCCUCAGGGCAGAGAUAUUGUGACUCAGACAUAUGAGUAUCUUAUUCCUGCCAUGGAGAGGGCGUUCAGAGAGGCAGAGAAAAGCUUGAUUCCUCCUCCAAGUCCAGGCCCUUAUGUUGGCUACUAUACCUAUUCCAACCUGACUUUCUAUGAGAUCAAAGUUGGACCUGGUGGGGUGCUGAUUAUGCAGCAGUUUGGGCCUCAUGUGGAAGAGCUGAUUCCUGAAAAGUACCGGACAAUCAAGCUCCAUCACCUGGAAGAUCGUGUUUUCCAAGUAGUUUUUGACAAGGAGUUCCCAUGUGUUCUGCACCUGGGCUCUGCCUCCAUCUCACUGGAGACCCAAAAUGGGCAGCUCUUUAACUUUUAUCCAUUCAACCACAAGGGUUUGUCUCCUGGCUUUGAUGCACCAGGGCUGAACACAUACAAUGUUGUGCGUGUAUUUCGAAAACCUGUAUUCUAUAGCUAAAUAUCCCCUCUACUUUUCUGACCACUUCUGGGAGAUGGCUCCAAACCUGUGUCUUACCAGACUUUCCUGUCUGUGUGGCUUUAUGGAUGCCAUUUAAAAUGGAAAGAUGGUGGAAAAUAAUCCUUUUUCCCAAUAAAUAUGUCAUGUUCCACUUCUAAUAUGACUUUAAUGGCUUGCAAUCCCUGACAAUGACAUGCCAGCUAGCAAGUGGGGCUACCUGCAGAAAAAAGAGGUGGAAAUGUGUUGGAUGGAUGGUGUUUGGGGACCACAAAAUCAAGCCAAGUACUUAAGUCUCCUCUCUUACAAUGUCUGUUUGAUGAUCAUUGUGGUAAUUGACUGGUAUCAAAAGGCUGAGAAUUUCCCGUGUCUGUCAGAAAAUAUCUCUUCUUGAGUCUAAGGGUUUUUCCAGGGCUCUUCAGUAGCCCAUUUACCAUGAACAAGAUUACUCAUCUGAAUUUGUCAAAAGCAUUAUGUGCUAGAAAAUGGCACCAGCCUGACAUCAGGCUCUGCUUGUGAUACCUGGGAAGUGAGGGUUCAUUUGUUUCCUGGGUCACAACAAGGAAUCUGUGAAAAGAGCAGAUAGCAAUUGGAUUACAACUUGGAUCCAUGGUUUUCUGCAAAAGCAGUGGUCACACUAAGGAUAUUGUAUCAAUUAGGUAUAGAAGGUGAAGACUGUUCCUGUGAGCAGGGACAUAUGAACAUAUGCUGGUAUAUUCCAUCUGAACUCAGGUUUGUGGCUAUCUCAGUAUAUAGGCAAGUGUGCAAGUGUGGUGUUUAAGUACUGGAAUGCAUGGGAAUCUUUAUGUGUGUUUUGGGUAAGGUGUCUGUAUGGAUACGUACCCAUUGUCCUUAUGCAGGUAUAAGAGAGGUUGCUAAGGGGAAGUACAUUAGCCUGGGGAGUACUAAAUUUCAGAGAGAUGCACCUUCAAGCAAUCUGCAAAGCCACAGAUGUAUUUUCUUCUCCCUUCUUAUGCCCACUCAGUGCCAAGGCAGGACAGAUGAUAUAUCAUUAAUGA